GAAGCAGCAGGAAGUGAGUACGCUACUUCCUGUCAAACGCACUUUGAAAGAACAUUACAAGUAAAAACUACUAGACUGCUGGUGGAUCUGUAUUUCAUUUGGAGCUUCAAAUGAGGCAAAAAUAUGUCAUGUAAAAUGGACAUCGGUGACACUCAACAUCUCUUAGAUCUGAGGAUUGUGUUGAUGGGGUAUAGAUAUGCUGGUAAGAGUUCAUCAGGAAACACCAUCCUGGGCAGAGAGGAGUUUGACUUGAAGAGAUCUGCUCAGUGUGUGAGGAGACAUGGAGAAGUAGCAGACAGACACAUCACUGUCAUUGAAGCUCCAGGAUGGAGAAUUAAUGUUCCUGUAGAGGACAGUCCUGAGAUACUGAAACAGGAGAUUUUGCUCAGUGUGUCUCUGUGUCCUCCAGGACCACACGCUGUACUGCUGAUCAUACCUGUGGAUGAUGGAUUUAAAGAGACUGUGAGAAAAGCAGUGCAGGAUCAUCUGGAUCUUCUCAGUGAGAGAGUCUGGAGUCACACUAUAGUUCUGUUCACUUGUGGAGACUCUCUGUUAGACACAUCUAUAGAGCAGCACAUUGAGAGUGAAGGACAGGAUCUCCAGCGGCUGCUGGACAAAUGUGGGAACAGGUAUCAUGUUCUCAACAAUCACAACAGGAGUGACGACACUCAGAUCAAGGAGCUGCUGGAGAAGAUUGAGGAGACAGUGGCACAAAACAAUGGCCGCCAUUUUGAAAUAGACAGAAAGAUUUUACAGGAGGUGAAGGAGAGAAGAAGAGCAGAGGAAGAGAGAGCGGAAGAACGAAUGAAGAGGAUGAAGAAACAGAGAGAAAACAUCAGAUCACAGAUGAGUGGCGCUCAAUAUCGCUCAGAUCUGAGGAUUGUGUUGAUGGGGUAUAGAGGAGCUGGUAAGAGUUCAACAGGAAACACCAUCCUGGGCAAAGAGGAGUUUGAAUUGAAGAGAUCUGCUCAGUGUGUGAGGAGACAUGGAGAAGUAGCAGACAGACACAUCACUCUCAUUGAAGCUCCAGGAUGGUGGAUGAAUUACACUGUAGAGGACAGUCCUGAGAUACUGAAACAGGAGAUUUUGCUCAGUGUGUCUCUGUGUCCUCCAGGACCACACGCUGUACUACUGAUCAUACGUGUGGACACUAGAUUUAAAGAGAUUGAGAGAAAAGCAGUGCAGGAUCAUCUGGAUCUUCUCAGUGAGAGAGUCUGGAGUCACGCUAUAGUUCUGUUCACUCGUGGAGACUCUCUGUUAGACACAUCUAUAGAGCAGCACAUUGAGAGUGAAGGACAGGAUCUCCAGCGGCUGCUGGACAAAUGUGGGAACAGGUAUCAUGUUCUCAACAAUCACAACAGGAGUGACGACAGUCAGAUCAAGGAGCUGCUGGAGAAGAUUGAGGAGACAGUGGCACAAAACAACGGCCGCCAUUUUGAAAUAGACCGAAAGAUUUUACAGGAGGUGAAGGAGAGAAGAAGAGCAGAGGAAGAGAGAGCAAAAGAACGAAUGAAGAGGAUGAAAAAAAGCAGAGAAAACAUCAGAUCACAGAUGAGUGAUGCUCAACAUCUCUUAGAUCUGAGGAUUGUGUUGAUGGGGUAUAGAUAUGCUGGUAAGAGUUCAGCAGGAAACGCCAUUUUGGGCAGAGAGGAGUUUGACUUGAAGAGAUCUGCUCAGUGUGUGAGGAGACAUGGAGAAGUAGCAGACAGACACAUCACUGUCAUUGAAGCUCCUGGAUGGUGGAUGAAUUACACUGUAGAGGACAGUCCUGAGAUACUGAAACAGGAGAUUUUACUCAGUGUGUCUCUGUGUCCUCCAGGACCACACGCUGUACUACUGAUCAUAGAUGUGGAUGAUGGAUUUAAAAAGAGUGAGAGAGAAGCAGUGCAGGGUCAUCUGGAUCUUCUCAGUGAGAGAGUCUGGAGUCACACUAUAGUUCUGUUCACUCGUGGAGACUCUCUGUUAGACACAUCUAUAGAGCAGCACAUUGAGAGUGAAGGACAGGAUCUCCAGCGGCUGCUGGACAAAUGUGGGAACAGGUAUCAUGUUCUCAACAAUCUCAACAGGAGUGACGACACUCAGAUCAAGGAGCUGCUGGAGAAGAUUGAGGAGACAGUGGCACAAAACAACGGCCGCCAUUUUGAAAUAGACAGAAAGCUUUUACAGGAGGUGAAAGAGAGAAGAAGAGCAGAGGAAGAGAGAGCAGAAGAACGAAUGAAGAGGAUGAAGAAACAGAGAGAAAACAUCAGAAAACAGAUGAGUGAUGCCCAACAUCUCUCAGAGCUGAGGAUUGUGUUGAUGGGGUAUAGAUAUGCUGGUAAGAGUUCAGCAGGAAACACCAUCCUGGGCAGAGAGGAGUUUGACUUGAAGAGAUCUGCUCAGUGUGUGAGGAGACAUGGAGAAGUAGCAGACAGACACAUCACUGUCAUUGAAGCUCCAGGAUGGUGGAGUGAUUACACUGUAGAGAAGAGUCCUGAGAUACUGAAACAGGAGAUUUUGCUCAGUGUGUCUCUGUGUCCUCCAGGACCACACGCUGUACUAUUGAUCAUACGUGUGGACAUUAGUUUUAAAGAGACUGAGAGAAAAGCAUUGCAGGGUCAUCUGGAUCUUCUCAGUGAGAGAGUCUGGAGUCACACUAUAGUUCUGUUCACUCGUGGAGACUCUCUGUUAGACACAUCUAUAGAGCAGCACAUUGAGAGUGAAGGACAGGAUCUCCAGCGGCUGCUGGACAAAUGUGGGAACAGGUAUCAUGUUCUCAACAAUCACAACAGGAGUGACAACACUCAGAUCAAGGAGCUGCUGGAGAAGAUUGAGGAGACAGUGGCACAAAACAAUGGCCCUUUUAGGAGGAAGAGCAGCCCUAUUAAAAUACAGAAGGUGGAUAAUAGAAUGAAACCGGAAGAGCAAAUUCAGCCAUGGAUAGAGGACAUCAGAUCACAGACAAUCAGUGCUGCUGAAGGGUCUGAUUCAUCUUCUAUGGGAAGUUCUGCUUAUGGUUCAUUUAGACCAUCAGAAGCAGACAGCAGGUCAAUUUUUGGAUCAUCACAUUCCGGAGGUUCAUCUCUCGUUAGCAGAUUAAAGUCAGGGCUCCUGAAACUAUUUAACAGCAUAGAAUUCAUACCACCAAUGAUGAGUGGAGAUGAGAGGUCGGACACAUGGUCUCUGCGAAGUUCUGCUUACGGUUCAUUGAGAUCACUGUCAGAAGCAGAGAAAUUGUUAAUUUACAGUUCAUCACCUUCCAGAGAUACGAGUUAGGGGUCUUACAAAUAUAUAAUGGAAUUACCACCAAACUUGAGCGGUCAGACACAAGGUCUGUGGGAAGUUCUGCUCAUGGUUCAUUCAGAUCAUUAUCAGGAUGAUCAGUGGACUUUAGAAACAGAAUUAGUCCUUUAGAACAUUUUUUUUAAUUGUAACUCUUUCAUCUUUCAUAAUUUUAAGGGUGAUGAAAUGUUAUAUAUGCAUAUUUUUGGUUACAGAAUGCAAUUUGUGACAAUUUUUCAUAUUUGUGUAUAAACAUAAUUAGCACUCCAAACAUUAUUUUGCUGCUGUGUGAAAUUUUCCUCCAAUGGCUUUAGUAAAUCACUGACAGACAAAGAAAACGAAUAGCAGUUUUGUUCAGCAGUUUUUUAAUCUGAUUUAAAAUAUUUUCAACCUGAGACUUUGUUUUCUGGUAUAAAACUCAAAAUGUGUUUCUAAGGUCAAAGUGGCUCAAAAAUAUGGCACAGGUCACACAUAUAUACUUUCAACUGCUUUUUUUCCAACAAAAUUCUGAGCAUGUAUAAAUAUUUGUAUGAACAUAAAACUGAGAUGUAAACUGAAUAAAUUCAAAAGAUAUUUGAUGAACAGAAAUGGAA